AUGCGAUUUAGUAAGGAAAGGCAGCCGGGAGAUUAUUACGAGAAUAUAUUAAUAUUGCUUUUAUCAAUUGAUUCACCAGAAGAUUUAAAAACGGGAGAUUGGUAUCAGCAAUUUUAUAAAAUUUGGGUAUUUCUCGAUGUUACUGACAAUACAAUUCAAAGAGUUAAACCAGCUGUUGAUGAGAAUACGGCAAAGUAUGAGACAUACAAUGCAGAUUUAGAGGGAAUGGAAGAUACAUUUCGAAAAGUAGCAGAGGCGACUGAGAUUGAAGAAUGGGCGUUAAUGGUACAUAGAAAACAUCGUGUGAUUGAACAAUUACGCGAGUCAAGAAAUGAGGAAAAUGCUGAUCUUAAUAGCAUGUUUCCGAAUAAAGUUGUGAAACCUUCAACGAAUUUAGAUCACAUCAAACAAGUUAUUGUUCAGGACAACGUUUCAAAUUACUGA